GCCACUGGGUCACUGAAGACAUGUGUGACAAUAUGGAUAUCGAGAGGGAACGCAGAGCGCUGGCGGUGCGCUGCAAUAUGCUGGCUCGUAGGUUUGCACGAUGUACUGAAGAGGUGAAGGCUACGCUUUUUAAAGCAUAUUGCCAGUCCUUCUACACGUGCAGCCUAUGGAUCAGCUAUACGCAGCGGGCAUACAGCGCUCUGCGGGUACAGUACAACAACGCGUACAGGGUGGUGUUCGGGCUGCCGCGACACUGUAGCGCAUCGGGUAUGUUCACGGAGGGACGGAUCGAUGGCUUCCACGCGAUCAUCAGGAAGCGGUGUAGCUCGCUGUUGAGGCGAUGGCGCGCCAGCUCGAAUACCAUCCUCUGCACGUUGCCCGACCGGUGGGACUCACCCUGGCUGAAGCACUGGGUGCAGCUACAUGCCCCAUUAUGCCCUAAAUAUACCCAACCAAUCCCGAGGAAGACCACCCAACACCUGGUGGUCAGACAUGCAGAAAGAGAUCCGGAAAGAGAACCUGAGUACGCAGACAAGCCAGAACAGAGCACUCUGGCGCAGACAUACAAGAAGACCCGACCACAGAUAAACUGGGAAGAGGGACAGGCAAAGAAGAAGAGGGUGCCUUCUAUUCGGCUGAACACCCAAUAG